AUGUUGAUACAGGAAGAAGUUUUGGGUAAACUUUCACCAAACCAGAAGGCUGAGCUGAUCCUUGAUCCAAACAGCGGCGCUUUGCAGAAUGAGACCAUCGUACGGGAGGUGUUCAAAAGCUUGAACAAGUCCCACAAUGACGAGCAGCUCGGUCAGUUUUUCCUGGCUUUUACAGUCAUCAACAAGAAGAGAAACAUCACCUUCAUCAAAAAUCCAGCUGUACGAGACACCAUCCUGAACCUGACCCUGACGGCCCUUGCUCCUGAAUUUGAAGACUUUGAGCCUGAAGACUUUGAGCUGUGGUUCCAGGUCAAUUUGGCCACUGUGAUGGCCAGCCUCCAUCCUGGCAGCUUGGCAGUGAUCCCCAGCAACAUCAGCUGUGAAUCCUAUGCAGCUAUACUCACUGGUCUUCGAAAAAGCUUGAAAUCCCUGCCACUGGACAUUUCAGAUGGUCUGAGAUCGGGCAUAGAGUCAUUCAAGGAGACCUUCCCACGUUGCGCAGUUGCACAUUCCUUGAUGUGCGAGGAGACCCAUGUUGAUGAGCGCCUCAUCUGUGCUGCAUUCAAUCGAUCGCAGCUGGAACAAACCUUGUCGGUUUGCAAUGUCUCCGAGGUCCUGUGCAACUUCACCAUCACUAUGCACGCCUGUUCCUCGGCUAAACAUCUCACACCCAGCAACUUGGCGGCACUACAGGCAUGCUCACUGGAAGGCCAAAGGACAUACCCGGUAGAGGUCUGGAAGCUUCUCUUCCAAAAGGCUUUGACUUCAUUAGACCAGGCUCUGGAAUUAUUUGCCACCACGGCCGCCAACAACAGCUUCCCAAUAUUUCCACAUCUGCUCGAGGCCCUCGGAGAGGUUAGAAUUGCCAACUUCAGCGAGGCACAGCUGCAGAGUGUUGACUUUGUCAGCGGCUGGUUCCAGACAAAGUUGCGUCCGUUUUUGGCCUCUCCAUCCUCCAACUUCCUAUUCUGCCUGAGCUCCAAGAACUUCAGCUGCCAAACAUACCAGACUGUCAUCCAGGUAUUCAGCAGCCAAAGGCCAUCCAUGGACGGGGAAAGACAGCGUGCAGUCUUCACUCAUUUCAUCAAACCAUUCCUGUCAAGAAAUGACUCAUCAGAUCCUGGCUGUGUCUCAUCUACCAACGGGAGCGGAGACUGGCUGCAGACAAAUAUUGGCGGCUUCUCUGAAUAUGCGACCCUGCAGGAUUUGAAAGGCCUCAAUCCCAACUUCUCAAGUAACGAAUCGUUGUCGGCCCUCACUUCUGCUCAGUUGGCACAGCUGACACUGAGCUCAGGGGCGUCGAACGACACAGACCAAAUCGACCGUGUGUUUGGACGACUUGAGGUGGGCAAUGCUCUGGAAAAUGUGGAGGAAUUCCUGACAGAGCUGACAGCGAAAGGACAGGAACCCGAUUUCCAACCUGCUGUGAGAGAUCGCGUAAUGAACAGGACCUUCCUCAUCAUCGGCCCCCAUUUCCCGCACUUUGAGACAAAGGACUGGUUUGUUUGGUUCCACGUGAAACUGGUUCCUGUCCUCGCCAGUUUCAGUGCAGUGAUGCUCGAGAAUGCAACCUCAAACAUGAACUGCUCCAACUACCAUGUUGUUGUGAGCGGGCUGGCCAAAGCUUCCCCUGAAAUGCCGUUGCACAGACGACAAAAGAUCUCGGGUGUUCUGCUGGGCUACCUGAAAAGAUCUGCCAGUGUCAUCAACGAGCCAGUUUGUAGGCAGGGAAUUCAGAGUGACGCCCAAUGGAUUGCAGUAAACUUGGGUCUAUUUUCUCAAUUUACAUCAUACACUGACCUCCAAGUCUUCAACAUCACUGGGGCGGCAGUUGUGGACGUCCUCACGCCAAACCAGAAGGCUGAGCUGAUCCUUGAUCCAAACAGCGGCGCUUUGCAGAAUGAGACCAUCGUACGGGAGGUGUUCAAAAGCUUGAACAAGUCCCACAAUGACGAGCAGCUCGGUCAGUUUUUCCUGGCUUUUACAGACAUCAACAAGAAGAGAAACAUCACCUUCAUCAAAAAUCCAGCUGUACGAGACACCAUCCUGAACCUGACCCUGACGGCCCUUGCUCCUGAAUUUGAAGACUUUGAGCCUGAAGACUUUGAGCUGUGGUUCCAGGUCAAUUUGGCCACUGUGAUGGCCAGCCUCCAUCCUGGCAGCUUGGCAGUGAUCCCCAGCAACAUCAGCUGUGAAUCCUAUGCAGCUAUACUCACUGGUCUUCGAAAAAGCUUGAAAUCCCUGCCACUGGACAUUUCAGAUGGUCUGAGAUCGGGCAUAGAGUCAUUCAAGGAGACCUUCCCACGUUGCGCAGUUGCACAUUCCUUGAUGUGCCAGGAGACCCAGGUUGAUGAGCGCCUCAUCUGUGCUGCAUUCAAUCGAUCGCAGCUGGAACAAACCUUGUCGGUUGGCAAUGUCUCCGAGGUCCUGUGCAACUUCACCAUCACUAUGCACGCCUGUUCCUCGGCUAAACAUCUCACACCCAGCAACUUGGCGGCACUACAGGCAUGCUCACUGGAAGGCCAAAGGACAUACCCGGUAGAGGUCUGGAAGCUUCUCUUCCAAAAGGCUUUGACUUCAUUAGACCAGGCUCUGGAAUUAUUUGCCACCACGGCCGCCAACAACAGCUUCCCAAUAUUUCCACAUCUGCUCGAGGCCCUCGGAGAGGUUAGAAUUGCCAACUUCAGCGAGGCACAGCUGCAGAGUGUUGACUUUGUCAGCGGCUGGUUCCAGACAAAGUUGCGUCCGUUUUUGGCCUCUCCAUCCUCCAACUUCCUAUUCUGCCUGAGCUCCAAGAACUUCAGCUGCCAAACAUACCAGACUGUCAUCCAGGUAUUCAGCAGCCAAAGGCCAUCCAUGGACGGGGAAAGACAGCGUGCAGUCUUCACUCAUUUCAUCAAACCAUUCCUGUCAAGAAAUGACUCAUCAGAUCCUGGCUGUGUCUCAUCUACCAACGGGAGCGGAGACUGGCUGCAGACAAAUAUUGGCGGCUUCUCUGAAUAUGCGACCCUGCAGGAUUUGAAAGGCCUCAAUCCCAACUUCUCAAGUAACGAAUCGUUGUCGGCCCUCACUUCUGCUCAGUUGGCACAGCUGACACUGAGCUCGGGGGCGUCGAACGACACAGACCAAAUCGACCGUGUGUUUGGACGACUUGAGGUGGGCAAUGCUCUGGAAAAUGUGGAGGAAUUCCUGACAGAGCUGACAGCGAAAGGACAGGAACCCGAUUUCCAACCUGCUGUGAGAGAUCGCGUAAUGAACAGGACCUUCCUCAUCAUCGGCCCCCAUUUCCCGCACUUUGAGACAAAGGACUGGUUUGUUUGGUUCCACGUGAAACUGGUUCCUGUCCUCGCCAGUUUCAGUGCAGUUAUGCUCGAGAAUGCAACCUCAAACAUGAACUGCUCCAACUACCAUGUUGUUGUGAGCGGGCUGGCCAAAGCUUCCCCUGAAAUGCCGUUGCACAGACGACAAAAGAUCUCGGGUGUUCUGCUGGGCUACCUGAAAAGAUCUGCCAGUGUCAUCAACGAGCCAGUUUGUAGGCGGGGAAUUCAGAGUGACGCCCAAUGGAUUGCAGUAAACUUGGGUCUAUUUUCUCAAUUUACAUCAUACACUGACCUCCAAGUCUUCAACAUCACUGGGGCGGCAGUUGUGGACGUCCUCACGCCAAACCAGAAGGCUGAGCUGAUCCUUGAUCCAAACAGCGGCGCUUUGCAGAAUGAGACCAUCGUACGGGAGGUGUUCAAAAGCUUGAACAAGUCCCACAAUGACGAGCAGCUCGGUCAGUUUUUCCUGGCUUUUACAGACAUCAACAAGAAGAGAAACAUCACCUUCAUCAAAAAUCCAGCUGUACGAGACACCAUCCUGAACCUGACCCUGACGGCCCUUGCUCCUGAAUUUGAAGACUUUGAGCCUGAAGACUUUGAGCUGUGGUUCCAGGUCAAUUUGGCCACUGUGAUGGCCAGCCUCCAUCCUGGCAGCUUGGCAGUGAUCCCCAGCAACAUCAGCUGUGAAUCCUAUGCAGCUAUACUCACUGGUCUUCGAAAAAGCUUGAAAUCCCUGCCACUGGACAUUUCAGAUGGUCUGAGAUCGGGCAUAGAGUCAUUCAAGGAGACCUUCCCACGUUGCGCAGUUGCACAUUCCUUGAUGUGCCAGGAGACCCAGGUUGAUGAGCGCCUCAUCUGUGCUGCAUUCAAUCGAUCGCAGCUGGAACAAACCUUGUCGGUUGGCAAUGUCUCCGAGGUCCUGUGCAACUUCACCAUCACUAUGCACGCCUGUUCCUCGGCUAAACAUCUCACACCCAGCAACUUGGCGGCACUACAGGCAUGCUCACUGGAAGGCCAAAGGACAUACCCGGUAGAGGCCUGGAAGCUUCUCUUCCAAAAGGCUUUGACUUCAUUAGACCAGGCUCUGGAAUUAUUUGCCACCACGGCCGCCAACAACAGCUUCCCAAUAUUUCCACAUCUGCUCGAGGCCCUCGGAGAGGUUAGAAUUGCCAACUUCAGCGAGGCACAGCUGCAGAGUGUUGACUUUGUCAGCGGCUGGUUCCAGACAAAGUUGCGUCCGUUUUUGGCCUCUCCAUCCUCCAACUUCCUAUUCUGCCUGAGCUCCAAGAACUUCAGCUGCCAAACAUACCAGACUGUCAUCCAGGUAUUCAGCAGCCAAAGGCCAUCCAUGGACGGGGAAAGACAGCGUGCAGUCUUCACUCAUUUCAUCAAACCAUUCCUGUCAAGAAAUGACUCAUCAGAUCCUGGCUGUGUCUCAUCUACCAACGGGAGCGGAGACUGGCUGCAGACAAAUAUUGGCGGCUUCUCUGAAUAUGCGACCCUGCAGGAUUUGAAAGGCCUCAAUCCCAACUUCUCAAGUAACGAAUCGUUGUCGGCCCUCACUUCUGCUCAGUUGGCACAGCUGACACUGAGCUCGGGGGCGUCGAACGACACAGACCAAAUCGACCGUGUGUUUGGACGACUUGAGGUGGGCAAUGCUCUGGAAAAUGUGGAGGAAUUCCUGACAGAGCUGACAGCGAAAGGACAGGAACCCGAUUUCCAACCUGCUGUGAGAGAUCGCGUAAUGAACAGGACCUUCCUCAUCAUCGGCCCCCAUUUCCCGCACUUUGAGACAAAGGACUGGUUUGUUUGGUUCCACGUGAAACUGGUUCCUGUCCUCGCCAGUUUCAGUGCAGUGAUGCUCGAGAAUGCAACCUCAAACAUGAACUGCUCCAACUACCAUGUUGUUGUGAGCGGGCUGGCCAAAGCUUCCCCUGAAAUGCCGUUGUACAGACGACAAAAGAUCUCGGGUGUUCUGCUGGGCUACCUGAAAAGAUCUGCCAGUGUCAUCAACGAGCCAGUUUGUAGGCGGGGAAUUCAGAGUGACGCCCAAUGGAUUGCAGUAAACUUGGGUCCAUUUUCUCAAUUUACAUCAUACACUGACCUCCAAGUCUUCAACAUCACUGGGGCGGCAGUUGUGGACGUCCUCACGCCAAACCAGAAGGCUGAGCUGAUCCUUGAUCCAAAUAGCGGCGCUUUGCAGAAUGAGACCAUCGUACGGGAGGUGUUCAAAAGCUUGAACAAGUCCCACAAUGACGAGCAGCUCGGUCAGUUUUUCCUGGCUUUUACAGACAUCAACAAGAAGAGAAACAUCACCUUCAUCAAAAAUCCAGCUGUACGAGACACCAUCCUGAACCUGACCCUGACGGCCCUUGCUCCUGAAUUUGAAGACUUUGAGCCUGAAGACUUUGAGCUGUGGUUCCAGGUCAAUUUGGCCACUGUGAUGGCCAGCCUCCAUCCUGGCAGCUUGGCAGUGAUCCCCAGCAACAUCAGCUGUGAAUCCUAUGCAGCUAUACUCACUGGUCUUCGAAAAAGCUUGAAAUCCCUGCCACUGGACAUUUCAGAUGGUCUGAGAUCGGGCAUAGAGUCAUUCAAGGAGACCUUCCCACGUUGCGCAGUUGCACAUUCCUUGAUGUGCCAGGAGACCCAGGUUGAUGAGCGCCUCAUCUGUGCUGCAUUCAAUCGAUCGCAGCUGGAACAAACCUUGUCGGUUGGCAAUGUCUCCGAGGUCCUGUGCAACUUCACCAUCACUAUGCACGCCUGUUCCUCGGCUAAACAUCUCACACCCAGCAACUUGGCGGCACUACAGGCAUGCUCACUGGAAGGCCAAAGGACAUACCCGGUAGAGGUCUGGAAGCUUCUCUUCCAAAAGGCUUUGACUUCAUUAGACCAGGCUCUGGAAUUAUUUGCCACCACGGCCGCCAACAACAGCUUCCCAAUAUUUCCACAUCUGCUCGAGGCCCUCGGAGAGGUUAGAAUUGCCAACUUCAGCGAGGCACAGCUGCAGAGUGUUGACUUUGUCAGCGGCUGGUUCCAGACAAAGUUGCGUCCGUUUUUGGCCUCUCCAUCCUCCAACUUCCUAUUCUGCCUGAGCUCCAAGAACUUCAGCUGCCAAACAUACCAGACUGUCAUCCAGGUAUUCAGCAGCCAAAGGCCAUCCAUGGACGGGGAAAGACAGCGUGCAGUCUUCACUCAUUUCAUCAAACCAUUCCUGUCAAGAAAUGACUCAUCAGAUCCUGGCUGUGUCUCAUCUACCAACGGGAGCGGAGACUGGCUGCAGACAAAUAUUGGCGGCUUCUCUGAAUAUGCGACCCUGCAGGAUUUGAAAGGCCUCAAUCCCAACUUCUCAAGUAACGAAUCGUUGUCGGCCCUCACUUCUGCUCAGUUGGCACAGCUGACACUGAGCUCGGGGGCGUCGAACGACACAGACCAAAUCGACCGUGUGUUUGGACGACUUGAGGUGGGCAAUGCUCUGGAAAAUGUGGAGGAAUUCCUGACAGAGCUGACAGCGAAAGGACAGGAACCCGAUUUCCAACCUGCUGUGAGAGAUCGCGUAAUGAACAGGACCUUCCUCAUCAUCGGCCCCCAUUUCCCGCACUUUGAGACAAAGGACUGGUUUGUUUGGUUCCACGUGAAACUGGUUCCUGUCCUCGCCAGUUUCAGUGCAGUGAUGCUCGAGAAUGCAACCUCAAACAUGAACUGCUCCAACUACCAUGUUGUUGUGAGCGGGCUGGCCAAAGCUUCCCCUGAAAUGCCGUUGCACAGACGACAAAAGAUCUCUGGUGUUCUGCUGGGCUACCUGAAAAGAUCUGCCAGUGUCAUCAACGAGCCAGUUUGUAGGCGGGGAAUUCAGAGUGACGCCCAAUGGAUUGCAGUAAACUUGGGUCCAUUUUCUCAAUUUACAUCAUACACUGACCUCCAAGUCUUCAACAUCACUGGGGCGGCAGUUGUGGACGUCCUCACGCCAAACCAGAAGGCUGAGCUGAUCCUUGAUCCAAACAGCGGCGCUUUGCAGAAUGAGACCAUCGUACGGGAGGUGUUCAAAAGCUUGAACAAGUCCCACAAUGACGAGCAGCUCGGUCAGUUUUUCCUGGCUUUUACAGACAUCAACAAGAAGAGAAACAUCACCUUCAUCAAAAAUCCAGCUGUACGAGACACCAUCCUGAACCUGACCCUGACGGCCCUUGCUCCUGAAUUUGAAGACUUUGAGCCUGAAGACUUUGAGCUGUGGUUCCAGGUCAAUUUGGCCACUGUGAUGGCCAGCCUCCAUCCUGGCAGCUUGGCAGUGAUCCCCAGCAACAUCAGCUGUGAAUCCUAUGCAGCUAUACUCACUGGUCUUCGAAAAAGCUUGAAAUCCCUGCCACUGGACAUUUCAGAUGGUCUGAGAUCGGGCAUAGAGUCAUUCAAGGAGACCUUCCCACGUUGCGCAGUUGCACAUUCCUUGAUGUGCCAGGAGACCCAGGUUGAUGAGCGCCUCAUCUGUGCUGCAUUCAAUCGAUCGCAGCUGGAACAAACCUUGUCGGUUGGCAAUGUCUCCGAGGUCCUGUGCAACUUCACCAUCACUAUGCACGCCUGUUCCUCGGCUAAACAUCUCACACCCAGCAACUUGGCGGCACUACAGGCAUGCUCACUGGAAGGCCAAAGGACAUACCCGGUAGAGGUCUGGAAGCUUCUCUUCCAAAAGGCUUUGACUUCAUUAGACCAGGCUCUGGAAUUAUUUGCCACCACGGCCGCCAACAACAGCUUCCCAAUAUUUCCACAUCUGCUCGAGGCCCUCGGAGAGGUUAGAAUUGCCAACUUCAGCGAGGCACAGCUGCAGAGUGUUGACUUUGUCAGCGGCUGGUUCCAGACAAAGUUGCGUCCGUUUUUGGCCUCUCCAUCCUCCAACUUCCUAUUCUGCCUGAGCUCCAAGAACUUCAGCUGCCAAACAUACCAGACUGUCAUCCAGGUAUUCAGCAGCCAAAGGCCAUCCAUGGACGGGGAAAGACAGCGUGCAGUCUUCACUCAUUUCAUCAAACCAUUCCUGUCAAGAAAUGACUCAUCAGAUCCUGGCUGUGUCUCAUCUACCAACGGGAGCGGAGACUGGCUGCAGACAAAUAUUGGCGGCUUCUCUGAAUAUGCGACCCUGCAGGAUUUGAAAGGCCUCAAUCCCAACUUCUCAAGUAACGAAUCGUUGUCGGCCCUCACUUCUGCUCAGUUGGCACAGCUGACACUGAGCUCGGGGGCGUCGAACGACACAGACCAAAUCGACCGUGUGUUUGGACGACUUGAGGUGGGCAAUGCUCUGGAAAAUGUGGAGGAAUUCCUGACAGAGCUGACAGCGAAAGGACAGGAACCCGAUUUCCAACCUGCUGUGAGAGAUCGCGUAAUGAACAGGACCUUCCUCAUCAUCGGCCCCCAUUUCCCGCACUUUGAGACAAAGGACUGGUUUGUUUGGUUCCACGUGAAACUGGUUCCUGUCCUCGCCAGUUUCAGUGCAGUGAUGCUCGAGAAUGCAACCUCAAACAUGAACUGCUCCAACUACCAUGUUGUUGUGAGCGGGCUGGCCAAAGCUUCCCCUGAAAUGCCGUUGCACAGACGACAAAAGAUCUCGGGUGUUCUGCUGGGCUACCUGAAAAGAUCUGCCAGUGUCAUCAACGAGCCAGUUUGUAGGCGGGGAAUUCAGAGUGACGCCCAAUGGAUUGCAGUAAACUUGGGUCCAUUUUCUCAAUUUACAUCAUACACUGACCUCCAAGUCUUCAACAUCACUGGGGCGGCAGUUGUGGACGUCCUCACGCCAAACCAGAAGGCUGAGCUGAUCCUUGAUCCAAACAGCGGCGCUUUGCAGAAUGAGACCAUCGUACGGGAGGUGUUCAAAAGCUUGAACAAGUCCCACAAUGACGAGCAGCUCGGUCAGUUUUUCCUGGCUUUUACAGACAUCAACAAGAAGAGAAACAUCACCUUCAUCAAAAAUCCAGCUGUACGAGACACCAUCCUGAACCUGACCCUGACGGCCCUUGCUCCUGAAUUUGAAGACUUUGAGCCUGAAGACUUUGAGCUGUGGUUCCAGGUCAAUUUGGCCACUGUGAUGGCCAGCCUCCAUCCUGGCAGCUUGGCAGUGAUCCCCAGCAACAUCAGCUGUGAAUCCUAUGCAGCUAUACUCACUGGUCUUCGAAAAAGCUUGAAAUCCCUGCCACUGGACAUUUCAGAUGGUCUGAGAUCGGGCAUAGAGUCAUUCAAGGAGACCUUCCCACGUUGCGCAGUUGCACAUUCCUUGAUGUGCCAGGAGACCCAGGUUGAUGAGCGCCUCAUCUGUGCUGCAUUCAAUCGAUCGCAGCUGGAACAAACCUUGUCGGUUGGCAAUGUCUCCGAGGUCCUGUGCAACUUCACCAUCACUAUGCACGCCUGUUCCUCGGCUAAACAUCUCACACCCAGCAACUUGGCGGCACUACAGGCAUGCUCACUGGAAGGCCAAAGGACAUACCCGGUAGAGGUCUGGAAGCUUCUCUUCCAAAAGGCUUUGACUUCAUUAGACCAGGCUCUGGAAUUAUUUGCCACCACGGCCGCCAACAACAGCUUCCCAAUAUUUCCACAUCUGCUCGAGGCCCUCGGAGAGGUUAGAAUUGCCAACUUCAGCGAGGCACAGCUGCAGAGUGUUGACUUUGUCAGCGGCUGGUUCCAGACAAAGUUGCGUCCGUUUUUGGCCUCUCCAUCCUCCAACUUCCUAUUCUGCCUGAGCUCCAAGAACUUCAGCUGCCAAACAUACCAGACUGUCAUCCAGGUAUUCAGCAGCCAAAGGCCAUCCAUGGACGGGGAAAGACAGCGUGCAGUCUUCACUCAUUUCAUCAAACCAUUCCUGUCAAGAAAUGACUCAUCAGAUCCUGGCUGUGUCUCAUCUACCAACGGGAGCGGAGACUGGCUGCAGACAAAUAUUGGCGGCUUCUCUGAAUAUGCGACCCUGCAGGAUUUGAAAGGCCUCAAUCCCAACUUCUCAAGUAACGAAUCGUUGUCGGCCCUCACUUCUGCUCAGUUGGCACAGCUGACACUGAGCUCGGGGGCGUCGAACGACACAGACCAAAUCGACCGUGUGUUUGGACGACUUGAGGUGGGCAAUGCUCUGGAAAAUGUGGAGGAAUUCCUGACAGAGCUGACAGCGAAAGGACAGGAACCCGAUUUCCAACCUGCUGUGAGAGAUCGCGUAAUGAACAGGACCUUCCUCAUCAUCGGCCCCCAUUUCCCGCACUUUGAGACAAAGGACUGGUUUGUUUGGUUCCACGUGAAACUGGUUCCUGUCCUCGCCAGUUUCAGUGCAGUGAUGCUCGAGAAUGCAACCUCAAACAUGAACUGCUCCAACUACCAUGUUGUUGUGAGCGGGCUGGCCAAAGCUUCCCCUGAAAUGCCGUUGCACAGACGACAAAAGAUCUCGGGUGUUCUGCUGGGCUACCUGAAAAGAUCUGCCAGUGUCAUCAACGAGCCAGUUUGUAGGCGGGGAAUUCAGAGUGACGCCCAAUGGAUUGCAGUAAACUUGGGUCCAUUUUCUCAAUUUACAUCAUACACUGACCUCCAAGUCUUCAACAUCACUGGGGCGGCAGUUGUGGACGUCCUCACGCCAAACCAGAAGGCUGAGCUGAUCCUUGAUCCAAACAGCGGCGCUUUGCAGAAUGAGACCAUCGUACGGGAGGUGUUCAAAAGCUUGAACAAGUCCCACAAUGACGAGCAGCUCGGUCAGUUUUUCCUGGCUUUUACAGACAUCAACAAGAAGAGAAACAUCACCUACAUCAAAAAUCCAGCUGUACGAGACACCAUCCUGAACCUGACCCUGACGGCCCUUGCUCCUGAAUUUGAAGACUUUGAGCCUGAAGACUUUGAGCUGUGGUUCCAGGUCAAUUUGGCCACUGUGAUGGCCAGCCUCCAUCCUGGCAGCUUGGCAGGGAUCCCCAGCAACAUCAGCUGUGAAUCCUAUGCAGCUAUACUCACUGGUCUUCGAAAAAGCUUGAAAUCCCUGCCACUGGACAUUUCAGAUGGUCUGAGAUCGGGCAUAGAGUCAUUCAAGGAGACCUUCCCACGUUGCGCAGUUGCACAUUCCUUGAUGUGCCAGGAGACCCAGGUUGAUGAGCGCCUCAUCUGUGCUGCAUUCAAUCGAUCGCAGCUGGAACAAACCUUGUCGGUUGGCAAUGUCUCCGAGGUCCUGUGCAACUUCACCAUCACUAUGCACGCCUGUUCCUCGGCUAAACAUCUCACACCCAGCAACUUGGCGGCACUACAGGCAUGCUCACUGGAAGGCCAAAGGACAUACCCGGUAGAGGUCUGGAAGCUUCUCUUCCAAAAGGCUUUGACUUCAUUAGACCAGGCUCUGGAAUUAUUUGCCACCACGGCCGCCAACAACAGCUUCCCAAUAUUUCCACAUCUGCUCGAGGCCCUCGGAGAAGUUAGAAUUGCCAACUUCAGCGAGGCACAGCUGCAGAGUGUUGACUUUGUCAGCGGCUGGUUCCAAACAAAGUUGCGUCCGUUUUUGGCCUCUCCAUCCUCCAACUUCCUAUUCUGCCUGAGCUCCAAGAACUUCAGCUGCCAAACAUACCAGACUGUCAUCCAGGUAUUCAGCAGCCAAAGGCCAUCCAUGGACGGGGAAAGACAGCGUGCAGUCUUCACUCAUUUCAUCAAACCAUUCCUGUCAAGAAAUGACUCAUCAGAUCCUGGCUGUGUCUCAUCUACCAACGGGAGCGGAGACUGGCUGCAGACAAAUAUUGGCGGCUUCUCUGAAUAUGCGACCCUGCAGGAUUUGAAAGGCCUCAAUCCCAACUUCUCAAGUAACGAAUCGUUGUCGGCCCUCACUUCUGCUCAGUUGGCACAGCUGACACUGAGCUCGGGGGCGUCGAACGACACAGACCAAAUCGACCGUGUGUUUGGACGACUUGAGGUGGGCAAUGCUCUGGAAAAUGUGGAGGAAUUCCUGACAGAGCUGACAGCGAAAGGACAGGAACCCGAUUUCCAACCUGCUGUGAGAGAUCGCGUAAUGAACAGGACCUUCCUCAUCAUCGGCCCCCAUUUCCCGCACUUUGAGACAAAGGACUGGUUUGUUUGGUUCCACGUGAAACUGGUUCCUGUCCUCGCCAGUUUCAGUGCAGUGAUGCUCGAGAAUGCAACCUCAAACAUGAACUGCUCCAACUACCAUGUUGUUGUGAGCGGGCUGGCCAAAGCUUCCCCUGAAAUGCCGUUGCACAGACGACAAAAGAUCUCGGGUGUUCUGCUGGGCUACCUGAAAAGAUCUGCCAGUGUCAUCAACGAGCCAGUUUGUAGGCGGGGAAUUCAGAGUGACGCCCAAUGGAUUGCAGUAAACUUGGGUCCAUUUUCUCAAUUUACAUCAUACACUGACCUCCAAGUCUUCAACAUCACUGGGGCGGCAGUUGUGGACGUCCUCACGCCAAACCAGAAGGCUGAGCUGAUCCUUGAUCCAAACAGCGGCGCUUUGCAGAAUGAGACCAUCGUACGGGAGGUGUUCAAAAGCUUGAACAAGUCCCACAAUGACGAGCAGCUCGGUCAGUUUUUCCUGGCUUUUACAGACAUCAACAAGAAGAGAAACAUCACCUACAUCAAAAAUCCAGCUGUACGAGACACCAUCCUGAACCUGACCCUGACGGCCCUUGCUCCUGAAUUUGAAGACUUUGAGCCUGAAGACUUUGAGCUGUGGUUCCAGGUCAAUUUGGCCACUGUGAUGGCCAGCCUCCAUCCUGGCAGCUUGGCAGUGAUCCCCAGCAACAUCAGCUGUGAAUCCUAUGCAGCUAUACUCACUGGUCUUCGAAAAAGCUUGAAAUCCCUGCCACUGGACAUUUCAGAUGGUCUGAGAUCGGGCAUAGAGUCAUUCAAGGAGACCUUCCCACGUUGCGCAGUUGCACAUUCCUUGAUGUGCCAGGAGACCCAGGUUGAUGAGCGCCUCAUCUGUGCUGCAUUCAAUCGAUCGCAGCUGGAACAAACCUUGUCGGUUGGCAAUGUCUCCGAGGUCCUGUGCAACUUCACCAUCACUAUGCACGCCUGUUCCUCGGCUAAACAUCUCACACCCAGCAACUUGGCGGCACUACAGGCAUGCUCACUGGAAGGCCAAAGGACAUACCCGGUAGAGGUCUGGAAGCUUCUCUUCCAAAAGGCUUUGACUUCAUUAGACCAGGCUCUGGAAUUAUUUGCCACCACGGCCGCCAACAACAGCUUCCCAAUAUUUCCACAUCUGCUCGAGGCCCUCGGAGAGGUUAGAAUUGCCAACUUCAGCGAGGCACAGCUGCAGAGUGUUGACUUUGUCAGCGGCUGGUUCCAGACAAAGUUGCGUCCGUUUUUGGCCUCUCCAUCCUCCAACUUCCUAUUCUGCCUGAGCUCCAAGAACUUCAGCUGCCAAACAUACCAGACUGUCAUCCAGGUAUUCAGCAGCCAAAGGCCAUCCAUGGACGGGGAAAGACAGCGUGCAGUCUUCACUCAUUUCAUCAAACCAUUCCUGUCAAGAAAUGACUCAUCAGAUCCUGGCUGUGUCUCAUCUACCAACGGGAGCGGAGACUGGCUGCAGACAAAUAUUGGCGGCUUCUCUGAAUAUGCGACCCUGCAGGAUUUGAAAGGCCUCAAUCCCAACUUCUCAAGUAACGAAUCGUUGUCGGCCCUCACUUCUGCUCAGUUGGCACAGCUGACACUGAGCUCGGGGGCGUCGAACGACACAGACCAAAUCGACCGUGUGUUUGGACGACUUGAGGUGGGCAAUGCUCUGGAAAAUGUGGAGGAAUUCCUGACAGAGCUGACAGCGAAAGGACAGGAACCCGAUUUCCAACCUGCUGUGAGAGAUCGCGUAAUGAACAGGACCUUCCUCAUCAUCGGCCCCCAUUUCCCGCACUUUGAGACAAAGGACUGGUUUGUUUGGUUCCACGUGAAACUGGUUCCUGUCCUCGCCAGUUUCAGUGCAGUGAUGCUCGAGAAUGCAACCUCAAACAUGAACUGCUCCAACUACCAUGUUGUUGUGAGCGGGCUGGCCAAAGCUUCCCCUGAAAUGCCGUUGCACAGACGACAAAAGAUCUCGGGUGUUCUGCUGGGCUACCUGAAAAGAUCUGCCAGUGUCAUCAACGAGCCAGUUUGUAGGCGGGGAAUUCAGAGUGACGCCCAAUGGAUUGCAGUAAACUUGGGUCCAUUUUCUCAAUUUACAUCAUACACUGACCUCCAAGUCUUCAACAUCACUGGGGCGGCAGUUGUGGACGUCCUCACGCCAAACCAGAAGGCUGAGCUGAUCCUUGAUCCAAACAGCGGCGCUUUGCAGAAUGAGACCAUCGUACGGGAGGUGUUCAAAAGCUUGAACAAGUCCCACAAUGACGAGCAGCUCGGUCAGUUUUUCCUGGCUUUUACAGACAUCAACAAGAAGAGAAACAUCACCUUCAUCAAAAAUCCAGCUGUACGAGACACCAUCCUGAACCUGACCCUGACGGCCCUUGCUCCUGAAUUUGAAGACUUUGAGCCUGAAGACUUUGAGCUGUGGUUCCAGGUCAAUUUGGCCACUGUGAUGGCCAGCCUCCAUCCUGGCAGCUUGGCAGUGAUCCCCAGCAACAUCAGCUGUGAAUCCUAUGCAGCUAUACUCACUGGUCUUCGAAAAAGCUUGAAAUCCCUGCCACUGGACAUUUCAGAUGGUCUGAGAUCGGGCAUAGAGUCAUUCAAGGAGACCUUCCCACGUUGCGCAGUUGCACAUUCCUUGAUGUGCCAGGAGACCCAGGUUGAUGAGCGCCUCAUCUGUGCUGCAUUCAAUCGAUCGCAGCUGGAACAAACCUUGUCGGUUGGCAAUGUCUCCGAGGUCCUGUGCAACUUCACCAUCACUAUGCACGCCUGUUCCUCGGCUAAACAUCUCACACCCAGCAACUUGGCGGCACUACAGGCAUGCUCACUGGAAGGCCAAAGGACAUACCCGGUAGAGGUCUGGAAGCUUCUCUUCCAAAAGGCUUUGACUUCAUUAGACCAGGCUCUGGAAUUAUUUGCCACCACGGCCGCCAACAACAGCUUCCCAAUAUUUCCACAUCUGCUCGAGGCCCUCGGAGAGGUUAGAAUUGCCAACUUCAGCGAGGCACAGCUGCAGAGUGUUGACUUUGUCAGCGGCUGGUUCCAAACAAAGUUGCGUCCGUUUUUGGCCUCUCCAUCCUCCAACUUCCUAUUCUGCCUGAGCUCCAAGAACUUCAGCUGCCAAACAUACCAGACUGUCAUCCAGGUAUUCAGCAGCCAAAGGCCAUCCAUGGACGGGGAAAGACAGCGUGCAGUCUUCACUCAUUUCAUCAAACCAUUCCUGUCAAGAAAUGACUCAUCAGAUCCUGGCUGUGUCUCAUCUACCAACGGGAGCGGAGACUGGCUGCAGACAAAUAUUGGCGGCUUCUCUGAAUAUGCGACCCUGCAGGAUUUGAAAGGCCUCAAUCCCAACUUCUCAAGUAACGAAUCGUUGUCGGCCCUCACUUCUGCUCAGUUGGCACAGCUGACACUGAGCUCGGGGGCGUCGAACGACACAGACCAAAUCGACCGUGUGUUUGGACGACUUGAGGUGGGCAAUGCUCUGGAAAAUGUGGAGGAAUUCCUGACAGAGCUGACAGCGAAAGGACAGGAACCCGAUUUCCAACCUGCUGUGAGAGAUCGCGUAAUGAACAGGACCUUCCUCAUCAUCGGCCCCCAUUUCCCGCACUUUGAGACAAAGGACUGGUUUGUUUGGUUCCACGUGAAACUGGUUCCUGUCCUCGCCAGUUUCAGUGCAGUGAUGCUCGAGAAUGCAACCUCAAACAUGAACUGCUCCAACUACCAUGUUGUUGUGAGCGGGCUGGCCAAAGCUUCCCCUGAAAUGCCGUUGCACAGACGACAAAAGAUCUCGGGUGUUCUGCUGGGCUACCUGAAAAGAUCUGCCAGUGUCAUCAACGAGCCAGUUUGUAGGCGGGGAAUUCAGAGUGACGCCCAAUGGAUUGCAGUAAACUUGGGUCCAUUUUCUCAAUUUACAUCAUACACUGACCUCCAAGUCUUCAACAUCACUGGGGCGGCAGUUGUGGACGUCCUCACGCCAAACCAGAAGGCUGAGCUGAUCCUUGAUCCAAACAGCGGCGCUUUGCAGAAUGAGACCAUCGUACGGGAGGUGUUCAAAAGCUUGAACAAGUCCCACAAUGACGAGCAGCUCGGUCAGUUUUUCCUGGCUUUUACAGACAUCAACAAGAAGAGAAACAUCACCUACAUCAAAAAUCCAGCUGUACGAGACACCAUCCUGAACCUGACCCUGACGGCCCUUGCUCCUGAAUUUGAAGACUUUGAGCCUGAAGACUUUGAGCUGUGGUUCCAGGUCAAUUUGGCCACUGUGAUGGCCAGCCUCCAUCCUGGCAGCUUGGCAGGGAUCCCCAGCAACAUCAGCUGUGAAUCCUAUGCAGCUAUACUCACUGGUCUUCGAAAAAGCUUGAAAUCCCUGCCACUGGACAUUUCAGAUGGUCUGAGAUCGGGCAUAGAGUCAUUCAAGGAGACCUUCCCACGUUGCGCAGUUGCACAUUCCUUGAUGUGCCAGGAGACCCAGGUUGAUGAGCGCCUCAUCUGUGCUGCAUUCAAUCGAUCGCAGCUGGAACAAACCUUGUCGGUUGGCAAUGUCUCCGAGGUCCUGUGCAACUUCACCAUCACUAUGCACGCCUGUUCCUCGGCUAAACAUCUCACACCCAGCAACUUGGCGGCACUACAGGCAUGCUCACUGGAAGGCCAAAGGACAUACCCGGUAGAGGUCUGGAAGCUUCUCUUCCAAAAGGCUUUGACUUCAUUAGACCAGGCUCUGGAAUUAUUUGCCACCACGGCCGCCAACAACAGCUUCCCAAUAUUUCCACAUCUGCUCGAGGCCCUCGGAGAAGUUAGAAUUGCCAACUUCAGCGAGGCACAGCUGCAGAGUGUUGACUUUGUCAGCGGCUGGUUCCAAACAAAGUUGCGUCCGUUUUUGGCCUCUCCAUCCUCCAACUUCCUAUUCUGCCUGAGCUCCAAGAACUUCAGCUGCCAAACAUACCAGACUGUCAUCCAGGUAUUCAGCAGCCAAAGGCCAUCCAUGGACGGGGAAAGACAGCGUGCAGUCUUCACUCAUUUCAUCAAACCAUUCCUGUCAAGAAAUGACUCAUCAGAUCCUGGCUGUGUCUCAUCUACCAACGGGAGCGGAGACUGGCUGCAGACAAAUAUUGGCGGCUUCUCUGAAUAUGCGACCCUGCAGGAUUUGAAAGGCCUCAAUCCCAACUUCUCAAGUAACGAAUCGUUGUCGGCCCUCACUUCUGCUCAGUUGGCACAGCUGACACUGAGCUCGGGGGCGUCGAACGACACAGACCAAAUCGACCGUGUGUUUGGACGACUUGAGGUGGGCAAUGCUCUGGAAAAUGUGGAGGAAUUCCUGACAGAGCUGACAGCGAAAGGACAGGAACCCGAUUUCCAACCUGCUGUGAGAGAUCGCGUAAUGAACAGGACCUUCCUCAUCAUCGGCCCCCAUUUCCCGCACUUUGAGACAAAGGACUGGUUUGUUUGGUUCCACGUGAAACUGGUUCCUGUCCUCGCCAGUUUCAGUGCAGUGAUGCUCGAGAAUGCAACCUCAAACAUGAACUGCUCCAACUACCAUGUUGUUGUGAGCGGGCUGGCCAAAGCUUCCCCUGAAAUGCCGUUGCACAGACGACAAAAGAUCUCGGGUGUUCUGCUGGACUACCUGAAAAGAUCUGCCAGUGUCAUCAACGAGCCAGUUUGUAGGCGGGGAAUUCAGAGUGACGCCCAAUGGAUUGCAGUAAACUUGGGUCCAUUUUCUCAAUUUACAUCAUACACUGACCUCCAAGUCUUCAACAUCACUGGGGCGGCAGUUGUGGACGUCCUCACGCCAAACCAGAAGGCUGAGCUGAUCCUUGAUCCAAACAGCGGCGCUUUGCAGAAUGAGACCAUCGUACGGGAGGUGUUCAAAAGCUUGAACAAGUCCCACAAUGACGAGCAGCUCGGUCAGUUUUUCCUGGCUUUUACAGACAUCAACAAGAAGAGAAACAUCACCUUCAUCAAAAAUCCAGCUGUACGAGACACCAUCCUGAACCUGACCCUGACGGCCCUUGCUCCUGAAUUUGAAGACUUUGAGCCUGAAGACUUUGAGCUGUGGUUCCAGGUCAAUUUGGCCACUGUGAUGGCCAGCCUCCAUCCUGGCAGCUUGGCAGUGAUCCCCAGCAACAUCAGCUGUGAAUCCUAUGCAGCUAUACUCACUGGUCUUCGAAAAAGCUUGAAAUCCCUGCCACUGGACAUUUCAGAUGGUCUGAGAUCGGGCAUAGAGUCAUUCAAGGAGACCUUCCCACGUUGCGCAGUUGCACAUUCCUUGAUGUGCCAGGAGACCCAGGUUGAUGAGCGCCUCAUCUGUGCUGCAUUCAAUCGAUCGCAGCUGGAACAAACCUUGUCGGUUGGCAAUGUCUCCGAGGUCCUGUGCAACUUCACCAUCACUAUGCACGCCUGUUCCUCGGCUAAACAUCUCACACCCAGCAACUUGGCGGCACUACAGGCAUGCUCACUGGAAGGCCAAAGGACAUACCCGGUAGAGGUCUGGAAGCUUCUCUUCCAAAAGGCUUUGACUUCAUUAGACCAGGCUCUGGAAUUAUUUGCCACCACGGCCGCCAACAACAGCUUCCCAAUAUUUCCACAUCUGCUCGAGGCCCUCGGAGAGGUUAGAAUUGCCAACUUCAGCGAGGCACAGCUGCAGAGUGUUGACUUUGUCAGCGGCUGGUUCCAGACAAAGUUGCGUCCGUUUUUGGCCUCUCCAUCCUCCAACUUCCUAUUCUGCCUGAGCUCCAAGAACUUCAGCUGCCAAACAUACCAGACUGUCAUCCAGGUAUUCAGCAGCCAAAGGCCAUCCAUGGACGGGGAAAGACAGCGUGCAGUCUUCACUCAUUUCAUCAAACCAUUCCUGUCAAGAAAUGACUCAUCAGAUCCUGGCUGUGUCUCAUCUACCAACGGGAGCGGAGACUGGCUGCAGACAAAUAUUGGCGGCUUCUCUGAAUAUGCGACCCUGCAGGAUUUGAAAGGCCUCAAUCCCAACUUCUCAAGUAACGAAUCGUUGUCGGCCCUCACUUCUGCUCAGUUGGCACAGCUGACACUGAGCUCGGGGGCGUCGAACGACACAGACCAAAUCGACCGUGUGUUUGGACGACUUGAGGUGGGCAAUGCUCUGGAAAAUGUGGAGGAAUUCCUGACAGAGCUGACAGCGAAAGGACAGGAACCCGAUUUCCAACCUGCUGUGAGAGAUCGCGUAAUGAACAGGACCUUCCUCAUCAUCGGCCCCCAUUUCCCGCACUUUGAGACAAAGGACUGGUUUGUUUGGUUCCACGUGAAACUGGUUCCUGUCCUCGCCAGUUUCAGUGCAGUGAUGCUCGAGAAUGCAACCUCAAACAUGAACUGCUCCAACUACCAUGUUGUUGUGAGCGGGCUGGCCAAAGCUUCCCCUGAAAUGCCGUUGCACAGACGACAAAAGAUCUCGGGUGUUCUGCUGGGCUACCUGAAAAGAUCUGCCAGUGUCAUCAACGAGCCAGUUUGUAGGCGGGGAAUUCAGAGUGACGCCCAAUGGAUUGCAGUAAACUUGGGUCCAUUUUCUCAAUUUACAUCAUACACUGACCUCCAAGUCUUCAACAUCACUGGGGCGGCAGUUGUGGACGUCCUCACGCCAAACCAGAAGGCUGAGCUGAUCCUUGAUCCAAACAGCGGCGCUUUGCAGAAUGAGACCAUCGUACGGGAGGUGUUCAAAAGCUUGAACAAGUCCCACAAUGACGAGCAGCUCGGUCAGUUUUUCCUGGCUUUUACAGACAUCAACAAGAAGAGAAACAUCACCUUCAUCAAAAAUCCAGCUGUACGAGACACCAUCCUGAACCUGACCCUGACGGCCCUUGCUCCUGAAUUUGAAGACUUUGAGCCUGAAGACUUUGAGCUGUGGUUCCAGGUCAAUUUGGCCACUGUGAUGGCCAGCCUCCAUCCUGGCAGCUUGGCAGUGAUCCCCAGCAACAUCAGCUGUGAAUCCUAUGCAGCUAUACUCACUGGUCUUCGAAAAAGCUUGAAAUCCCUGCCACUGGACAUUUCAGAUGGUCUGAGAUCGGGCAUAGAGUCAUUCAAGGAGACCUUCCCACGUUGCGCAGUUGCACAUUCCUUGAUGUGCCAGGAGACCCAGGUUGAUGAGCGCCUCAUCUGUGCUGCAUUCAAUCGAUCGCAGCUGGAACAAACCUUGUCGGUUGGCAAUGUCUCCGAGGUCCUGUGCAACUUCACCAUCACUAUGCACGCCUGUUCCUCGGCUAAACAUCUCACACCCAGCAACUUGGCGGCACUACAGGCAUGCUCACUGGAAGGCCAAAGGACAUACCCGGUAGAGGUCUGGAAGCUUCUCUUCCAAAAGGCUUUGACUUCAUUAGACCAGGCUCUGGAAUUAUUUGCCACCACGGCCGCCAACAACAGCUUCCCAAUAUUUCCACAUCUGCUCGAGGCCCUCGGAGAAGUUAGAAUUGCCAACUUCAGCGAGGCACAGCUGCAGAGUGUUGACUUUGUCAGCGGCUGGUUCCAAACAAAGUUGCGUCCGUUUUUGGCCUCUCCAUCCUCCAACUUCCUAUUCUGCCUGAGCUCCAAGAACUUCAGCUGCCAAACAUACCAGACUGUCAUCCAGGUAUUCAGCAGCCAAAGGCCAUCCAUGGACGGGGAAAGACAGCGUGCAGUCUUCACUCAUUUCAUCAAACCAUUCCUGUCAAGAAAUGACUCAUCAGAUCCUGGCUGUGUCUCAUCUACCAACGGGAGCGGAGACUGGCUGCAGACAAAUAUUGGCGGCUUCUCUGAAUAUGCGACCCUGCAGGAUUUGAAAGGCCUCAAUCCCAACUUCUCAAGUAACGAAUCGUUGUCGGCCCUCACUUCUGCUCAGUUGGCACAGCUGACACUGAGCUCGGGGGCGUCGAACGACACAGACCAAAUCGACCGUGUGUUUGGACGACUUGAGGUGGGCAAUGCUCUGGAAAAUGUGGAGGAAUUCCUGACAGAGCUGACAGCGAAAGGACAGGAACCCGAUUUCCAACCUGCUGUGAGAGAUCGCGUAAUGAACAGGACCUUCCUCAUCAUCGGCCCCCAUUUCCCGCACUUUGAGACAAAGGACUGGUUUGUUUGGUUCCACGUGAAACUGGUUCCUGUCCUCGCCAGUUUCAGUGCAGUGAUGCUCGAGAAUGCAACCUCAAACAUGAACUGCUCCAACUACCAUGUUGUUGUGAGCGGGCUGGCCAAAGCUUCCCCUGAAAUGCCGUUGCACAGACGACAAAAGAUCUCGGGUGUUCUGCUGGACUACCUGAAAAGAUCUGCCAGUGUCAUCAACGAGCCAGUUUGUAGGCGGGGAAUUCAGAGUGACGCCCAAUGGAUUGCAGUAAACUUGGGUCCAUUUUCUCAAUUUACAUCAUACACUGACCUCCAAGUCUUCAACAUCACUGGGGCGGCAGUUGUGGACGUCCUCACGCCAAACCAGAAGGCUGAGCUGAUCCUUGAUCCAAACAGCGGCGCUUUGCAGAAUGAGACCAUCGUACGGGAGGUGUUCAAAAGCUUGAACAAGUCCCACAAUGACGAGCAGCUCGGUCAGUUUUUCCUGGCUUUUACAGACAUCAACAAGAAGAGAAACAUCACCUUCAUCAAAAAUCCAGCUGUACGAGACACCAUCCUGAACCUGACCCUGACGGCCCUUGCUCCUGAAUUUGAAGACUUUGAGCCUGAAGACUUUGAGCUGUGGUUCCAGGUCAAUUUGGCCACUGUGAUGGCCAGCCUCCAUCCUGGCAGCUUGGCAGUGAUCCCCAGCAACAUCAGCUGUGAAUCCUAUGCAGCUAUACUCACUGGUCUUCGAAAAAGCUUGAAAUCCCUGCCACUGGACAUUUCAGAUGGUCUGAGAUCGGGCAUAGAGUCAUUCAAGGAGACCUUCCCACGUUGCGCAGUUGCACAUUCCUUGAUGUGCCAGGAGACCCAGGUUGAUGAGCGCCUCAUCUGUGCUGCAUUCAAUCGAUCGCAGCUGGAACAAACCUUGUCGGUUGGCAAUGUCUCCGAGGUCCUGUGCAACUUCACCAUCACUAUGCACGCCUGUUCCUCGGCUAAACAUCUCACACCCAGCAACUUGGCGGCACUACAGGCAUGCUCACUGGAAGGCCAAAGGACAUACCCGGUAGAGGUCUGGAAGCUUCUCUUCCAAAAGGCUUUGACUUCAUUAGACCAGGCUCUGGAAUUAUUUGCCACCACGGCCGCCAACAACAGCUUCCCAAUAUUUCCACAUCUGCUCGAGGCCCUCGGAGAGGUUAGAAUUGCCAACUUCAGCGAGGCACAGCUGCAGAGUGUUGACUUUGUCAGCGGCUGGUUCCAGACAAAGUUGCGUCCGUUUUUGGCCUCUCCAUCCUCCAACUUCCUAUUCUGCCUGAGCUCCAAGAACUUCAGCUGCCAAACAUACCAGACUGUCAUCCAGGUAUUCAGCAGCCAAAGGCCAUCCAUGGACGGGGAAAGACAGCGUGCAGUCUUCACUCAUUUCAUCAAACCAUUCCUGUCAAGAAAUGACUCAUCAGAUCCUGGCUGUGUCUCAUCUACCAACGGGAGCGGAGACUGGCUGCAGACAAAUAUUGGCGGCUUCUCUGAAUAUGCGACCCUGCAGGAUUUGAAAGGCCUCAAUCCCAACUUCUCAAGUAACGAAUCGUUGUCGGCCCUCACUUCUGCUCAGUUGGCACAGCUGACACUGAGCUCGGGGGCGUCGAACGACACAGACCAAAUCGACCGUGUGUUUGGACGACUUGAGGUGGGCAAUGCUCUGGAAAAUGUGGAGGAAUUCCUGACAGAGCUGACAGCGAAAGGACAGGAACCCGAUUUCCAACCUGCUGUGAGAGAUCGCGUAAUGAACAGGACCUUCCUCAUCAUCGGCCCCCAUUUCCCGCACUUUGAGACAAAGGACUGGUUUGUUUGGUUCCACGUGAAACUGGUUCCUGUCCUCGCCAGUUUCAGUGCAGUGAUGCUCGAGAAUGCAACCUCAAACAUGAACUGCUCCAACUACCAUGUUGUUGUGAGCGGGCUGGCCAAAGCUUCCCCUGAAAUGCCGUUGCACAGACGACAAAAGAUCUCGGGUGUUCUGCUGGGCUACCUGAAAAGAUCUGCCAGUGUCAUCAACGAGCCAGUUUGUAGGCGGGGAAUUCAGAGUGACGCCCAAUGGAUUGCAGUAAACUUGGGUCCAUUUUCUCAAUUUACAUCAUACACUGACCUCCAAGUCUUCAACAUCACUGGGGCGGCAGUUGUGGACGUCCUCACGCCAAACCAGAAGGCUGAGCUGAUCCUUGAUCCAAACAGCGGCGCUUUGCAGAAUGAGACCAUCGUACGGGAGGUGUUCAAAAGCUUGAACAAGUCCCACAAUGACGAGCAGCUCGGUCAGUUUUUCCUGGCUUUUACAGACAUCAACAAGAAGAGAAACAUCACCUUCAUCAAAAAUCCAGCUGUACGAGACACCAUCCUGAACCUGACCCUGACGGCCCUUGCUCCUGAAUUUGAAGACUUUGAGCCUGAAGACUUUGAGCUGUGGUUCCAGGUCAAUUUGGCCACUGUGAUGGCCAGCCUCCAUCCUGGCAGCUUGGCAGUGAUCCCCAGCAACAUCAGCUGUGAAUCCUAUGCAGCUAUACUCACUGGUCUUCGAAAAAGCUUGAAAUCCCUGCCACUGGACAUUUCAGAUGGUCUGAGAUCGGGCAUAGAGUCAUUCAAGGAGACCUUCCCACGUUGCGCAGUUGCACAUUCCUUGAUGUGCCAGGAGACCCAGGUUGAUGAGCGCCUCAUCUGUGCUGCAUUCAAUCGAUCGCAGCUGGAACAAACCUUGUCGGUUGGCAAUGUCUCCGAGGUCCUGUGCAACUUCACCAUCACUAUGCACGCCUGUUCCUCGGCUAAACAUCUCACACCCAGCAACUUGGCGGCACUACAGGCAUGCUCACUGGAAGGCCAAAGGACAUACCCGGUAGAGGUCUGGAAGCUUCUCUUCCAAAAGGCUUUGACUUCAUUAGACCAGGCUCUGGAAUUAUUUGCCACCACGGCCGCCAACAACAGCUUCCCAAUAUUUCCACAUCUGCUCGAGGCCCUCGGAGAGGUUAGAAUUGCCAACUUCAGCGAGGCACAGCUGCAGAGUGUUGACUUUGUCAGCGGCUGGUUCCAGACAAAGUUGCGUCCGUUUUUGGCCUCUCCAUCCUCCAACUUCCUAUUCUGCCUGAGCUCCAAGAACUUCAGCUGCCAAACAUACCAGACUGUCAUCCAGGUAUUCAGCAGCCAAAGGCCAUCCAUGGACGGGGAAAGACAGCGUGCAGUCUUCACUCAUUUCAUCAAACCAUUCCUGUCAAGAAAUGACUCAUCAGAUCCUGGCUGUGUCUCAUCUACCAACGGGAGCGGAGACUGGCUGCAGACAAAUAUUGGCGGCUUCUCUGAAUAUGCGACCCUGCAGGAUUUGAAAGGCCUCAAUCCCAACUUCUCAAGUAACGAAUCGUUGUCGGCCCUCACUUCUGCUCAGUUGGCACAGCUGACACUGAGCUCGGGGGCGUCGAACGACACAGACCAAAUCGACCGUGUGUUUGGACGACUUGAGGUGGGCAAUGCUCUGGAAAAUGUGGAGGAAUUCCUGACAGAGCUGACAGCGAAAGGACAGGAACCCGAUUUCCAACCUGCUGUGAGAGAUCGCGUAAUGAACAGGACCUUCCUCAUCAUCGGCCCCCAUUUCCCGCACUUUGAGACAAAGGACUGGUUUGUUUGGUUCCACGUGAAACUGGUUCCUGUCCUCGCCAGUUUCAGUGCAGUGAUGCUCGAGAAUGCAACCUCAAACAUGAACUGCUCCAACUACCAUGUUGUUGUGAGCGGGCUGGCCAAAGCUUCCCCUGAAAUGCCGUUGCACAGACGACAAAAGAUCUCGGGUGUUCUGCUGGGCUACCUGAAAAGAUCUGCCAGUGUCAUCAACGAGCCAGUUUGUAGGCGGGGAAUUCAGAGUGACGCCCAAUGGAUUGCAGUAAACUUGGGUCCAUUUUCUCAAUUUACAUCAUACACUGACCUCCAAGUCUUCAACAUCACUGGGGCGGCAGUUGUGGACGUCCUCACGCCAAACCAGAAGGCUGAGCUGAUCCUUGAUCCAAACAGCGGCGCUUUGCAGAAUGAGACCAUCGUACGGGAGGUGUUCAAAAGCUUGAACAAGUCCCACAAUGACGAGCAGCUCGGUCAGUUUUUCCUGGCUUUUACAGACAUCAACAAGAAGAGAAACAUCACCUUCAUCAAAAAUCCAGCUGUACGAGACACCAUCCUGAACCUGACCCUGACGGCCCUUGCUCCUGAAUUUGAAGACUUUGAGCCUGAAGACUUUGAGCUGUGGUUCCAGGUCAAUUUGGCCACUGUGAUGGCCAGCCUCCAUCCUGGCAGCUUGGCAGUGAUCCCCAGCAACAUCAGCUGUGAAUCCUAUGCAGCUAUACUCACUGGUCUUCGAAAAAGCUUGAAAUCCCUGCCACUGGACAUUUCAGAUGGUCUGAGAUCGGGCAUAGAGUCAUUCAAGGAGACCUUCCCACGUUGCGCAGUUGCACAUUCCUUGAUGUGCCAGGAGACCCAGGUUGAUGAGCGCCUCAUCUGUGCUGCAUUCAAUCGAUCGCAGCUGGAACAAACCUUGUCGGUUGGCAAUGUCUCCGAGGUCCUGUGCAACUUCACCAUCACUAUGCACGCCUGUUCCUCGGCUAAACAUCUCACACCCAGCAACUUGGCGGCACUACAGGCAUGCUCACUGGAAGGCCAAAGGACAUACCCGGUAGAGGUCUGGAAGCUUCUCUUCCAAAAGGCUUUGACUUCAUUAGACCAGGCUCUGGAAUUAUUUGCCACCACGGCCGCCAACAACAGCUUCCCAAUAUUUCCACAUCUGCUCGAGGCCCUCGGAGAGGUUAGAAUUGCCAACUUCAGCGAGGCACAGCUGCAGAGUGUUGACUUUGUCAGCGGCUGGUUCCAGACAAAGUUGCGUCCGUUUUUGGCCUCUCCAUCCUCCAACUUCCUAUUCUGCCUGAGCUCCAAGAACUUCAGCUGCCAAACAUACCAGACUGUCAUCCAGGUAUUCAGCAGCCAAAGGCCAUCCAUGGAUGGGGAAAGACAGCGUGCAGUCUUCACUCAUUUCAUCAAACCAUUCCUGUCAAGAAAUGACUCAUCAGAUCCUGGCUGUGUCUCAUCUACCAACGGGAGCGGAGACUGGCUGCAGACAAAUAUUGGCGGCUUCUCUGAAUAUGCGACCCUGCAGGAUUUGAAAGGCCUCAAUCCCAACUUCUCAAGUAACGAAUCGUUGUCGGCCCUCACUUCUGCUCAGUUGGCACAGCUGACACUGAGCUCGGGGGCGUCGAACGACACAGACCAAAUCGACCGUGUGUUUGGACGACUUGAGGUGGGCAAUGCUCUGGAAAAUGUGGAGGAAUUCCUGACAGAGCUGACAGCGAAAGGACAGGAACCCGAUUUCCAACCUGCUGUGAGAGAUCGCGUAAUGAACAGGACCUUCCUCAUCAUCGGCCCCCAUUUCCCGCACUUUGAGACAAAGGACUGGUUUGUUUGGUUCCACGUGAAACUGGUUCCUGUCCUCGCCAGUUUCAGUGCAGUGAUGCUCGAGAAUGCAACCUCAAACAUGAACUGCUCCAACUACCAUGUUGUUGUGAGCGGGCUGGCCAAAGCUUCCCCUGAAAUGCCGUUGCACAGACGACAAAAGAUCUCGGGUGUUCUGCUGGGCUACCUGAAAAGAUCUGCCAGUGUCAUCAACGAGCCAGUUUGUAGGCGGGGAAUUCAGAGUGACGCCCAAUGGAUUGCAGUAAACUUGGGUCCAUUUUCUCAAUUUACAUCAUACACUGACCUCCAAGUCUUCAACAUCACUGGGGCGAAUGUACUAGAUUCUCUUUCUCCAAGACAAAAGGCUGAACUGCUUCUUCAACCAAACAACUUGUCAAAUGAAACCCUUGUGCGAGCUGUAUUCACAGAACUUACUAUGUCUUCAAAUGUGGAAGACCUCGGCACUUUCUUUGACAAAUUUAUUAGUGGUGCUGCAGAGCAAAACCUGACAACCAUUGAGCCAAGAGUGCGUGACACCAUCCUGAACCUGACCAUAAUGGCACUUGACCCAAAACUAUCCAUGCUUGAUGCUCAGGGAUUCAAGUUAUGGUUCCAGGUCUACCUGCCUCUGUUCCUCCCAAGCAUUGACUCAAGCACAUUUGGAAUUAUUUCAAGAAAUAUCAGCUGUGACUCAUAUAAGGAGAUUAUCAAGGGAUGCGACAGUGUUUACACUCUUCUCUCCGUGAAGCAGACUCAAGAGGUUUUCACCUUCACAAAGGCCUAUCUCCAGAGACAUUCCUCCAUGGGUCUCUCCUGUGUUGAAUCUAUAAAUGAUGACAGACGUUGGCUUGAAGACAACUUUGGUCGGUUCCGUGUUCACGCCUCCUACAUCGAUUUUUUGACCUUGAAGAACAAUUUCAAUGGCGCGGAGGUCGCGGAGCUCCUUACCCUCUGUCAACUGGCCGAGCUCGCUGCAGCUCCAUCACAGCUGAAGACGAUGCAACAAGUGACAAAAAUCAUGACGGCCAUCAACCCUGUUGACUACAGUGCCUUCUUCGACACGGUCUCACCAGCCAUUGAGGCCCACCCUGCCAACUACACAGAGGGGGUGAAAUCUGCCUUCCUCCAGGCAGUAUUUGACAGAGGGAAUCUGUCCUCACCAGCUAUGAAUGACACAGACUUCCUGCUGUGGCUCAGGGUUCGACUAAGCCCUCUCCUCAUCAACCUCUCACGCAACCUGGUGGCACCUUUGUUUGACAUUGGGAAGAACAGGGGUUGUAACAGCAGCCAAGAGAUAAUCAUGUUGUUGGACACACUACACGUGACACUUAGGAGCAACACUCAAAGGGAGAUCUUUAACAGCACCCUCCUCUUCCUCCAAGGUCCAACCCCACUCAAGUGUUACACUGGUGGAAGUUUCUACAUCUAUCUGAGGAACACUUUCCUCAGCUUUGGCUUCCCAGAUUUGUCCACGUUCACGUCUCUUCUGCCACAGACACGUGAAUCAGAGCUCCUCAGUACCAUCAGCACCUCAGAGCUGAGUCAGUUCCUCAGUCAACCCAGUGUGAUUGACAACAACUCUGACAUCUGUGUCAUUUUCAACAACUACAACAACACUCCUGCCUUCCUAGAGACUGAGGAUGUUCCAGACAAUGUGAGGAGGGUGACCCUCCCCUGUGUCUGGUCUUUGGCCCUGAGGAGCAACAGCAAGGCUGAGGUCAAUUCCUGGUUCGACCUGCGGUUGAGGAGCUAUCUUAGAUUCCUCAGCAAGAGCCUCAUCAGCUCCACCGAAGUGCAGAAUGCUUCAUGUGUCGCCUUCCAGAAACUGGUCUCUGUAAUGGGAACGAACUUCACCUACAACAGCUCUGAAUUUGGACAGGGUGAUGUAUACACCACCAUCAAGACCUACUUGAGCCCUGUGUCCAUGGGCUCUGGAGCCAGAUGCUACAAUGCCAGUGAUCCAGAACUAAACUCAACCUCAUGGUUUGUCAAUUACAUUGGCAACUUUGUGACAUUCAUCACUGUGGGUGAUCUUACCACCUUCGCCUCAACCAGUCAAGCUAAAGUCUUCUUGGAGGACCAAACCAACCUGGAGCUCUUCAACAACACAGCGGUCUCGGAAAAUGUAACCGACUAUUACAUCUCACAGCUAUUUGAAUUGAACCCAACCUUCGACCCUAUGAAGCUUCCAAGCUCUUUCCUGUGCUCCUCUGAGGUCCCAGGUGAAGCAUAUACUUCUGUGAAUGAAGCUGAUGCCUUACUCAUCUUGAACGAGCUGAAGAAAUCCUGCAAUGAAACAGUGGGCCCUGAGGUGUCCGCUGCUCUGGCAUCCAACAUCCAGACCAUCACAGCAGACACAUUUUCAGCCCUUGGCAGUGCCAGCGCAGGCCUGUCCACCAGCCAGAUCUCUUCAGUUCCCCCAUUAGUGCUAGUUUCCUCUUUGUCUACGCUGAGCAGCAUUAGCACCUGGAACCCAGAACAAGCCACCAUUCUCAUCCAAAUCAUGAGUACAGCAGGAUUCAAGAUCACCACUGGAUCCUCCCUGGAAUCUAUUGGCACACUUGUUACUGGAGUUCCUUCGGAGUCAAUCAAUAAAAUUCCAGCUUCUGAGCUACUCGGCCUCUCCAAGAGCCCCGCCUUUGUUUCCAGUAUGCUGACAGCCCCAGACGUUGUCCAACAGACCUUUGUCAAAAAGAUUUUGUCUGUGGACACAAGUCCCGCUAAAGUGGUGCUGAAUGUCCCCGAUGCUAUGGCAACUGACAUCCCACCAUCUAUGCUGUUGUUUUCUGAGAGCACUGUGGACAUCGAUGUGAUUAACAGAAAGACAUGGACGCGAGAUCAGGCCACCAUGUUCUUCGGGUCACUGGCUACAACAGAAUUUGACACUGAGCAGCUUUCACCCUCCGUGCUUCAAGGCUUCACAUGUGGGUCAGUAAAGAAAAUGACAACUAAAAGGGUCCGGGGCCUGAUCCAUGCCUGCAGACCGAGGAGAGGCAGAGCCAAGGUGGAGCUGAAGGAAUCACAGCUGACCUGCAUGUACAACCUGCUCAAUGGGGAGAUCUCCCAGAACUUUGAAGAUUAUCCCUCAGACAUGCUUCUGUACUUGAAAAACGGAGAUAUCAAGAGCACCAACUGCAGGUCAUACAUUACCGCAGUGGGUGCCGCAGACUUUUCUGUGGCUUCCAGCAUUUUGAAAAAGGACUCGCUGCUGCUCAAAGAAGCCAGGAGUUGCUUGGGUAUAAAUAGCCUCGAUCUGAACAGAGACAAUGUGGAGGUCCUGGGAAACAUGGCCUGCACUUUGGACAGCUCCUACAUCCAGAAAGCUGAUCCUCUCAUUCUGGAAAAACUCAAAGCCUGCAAAGACUUCUCUGACAGCCAGGUGGACGCCAUGGAGCAGCUGCUGCUCUCUGGAAAUACACCUUAUGGAAAUCCCACCACCUGGAACCGGAAAACACUGGAGAACCUUGGCAACCUCCCUCUAUAUUUCACAAGAAACAUCUGGGGACGAUUCAAAACCAAAACAAAGAAAAGGUACCUUAAAACCUUUAUGCCCCGCCUGCGGAAAAAGAAAACAAAGAAGAGGAAGCUCAAGGGGCUGUUCAAACAGAUCAGCGCCCUCAGGACAAAACGAGGAGCAGGCUGCACCGUGGGCAACAUCACCCAAGUCACAGUGAGCGACCCUUCCUUCCCCUUUGGCUACGACCAGACGCAAUUUAACCUCUGCCUGGACGUCCCUGUUCUGAAGGACAAUCUCAACUCAAUUUGUGAGAAAGUGGAUGACGAUGGUUUCCAGACAAUCAUUCUGAAGAAGCUAAACGAGGCAUACCCAUCCGGCCUUUCUGAUAAUGUGGUCAAAGUGCUCGGUUCAGUUUCGCGCGCAGCAUCACUUGACGACAUCUCCAAGUGGAGCAUCACCAUAAUUGACACCCUGGCCACACUCAUGAAAGCUGAGGAUGGACCUUGGGAGGCAGCGAAGAGCAAAGCAAUCAUCACACGUUAUCUGAAUUCUUCUGGGAACACCCUGGGCAGCACUGAGCUCAACUUUAUUGACUCCAACCUGUGCUCAUUGGACACCAGCACUCUGAAGACCAUCACCCCAGACAGCGUCAGAAAUGCCAACCCCCUGAAUGUGGCGUCAUGUUCAUCUGAGCAGAAGAGAAUCCUGUAUGAGAUCAGUAACACUGCCUUCAGCUCACAGCGGAACGAUCCCAUUUCCUUUUACAAUUUAAUCAAGCCCUCUAUAGGUGGAGCAUCUCUGGCCGAUCUUGAAACACUGUCACAGGAGGGCGUGAGCAUGGAUGUGGAAACCUUCCGGAGCCUGAACCUUAGGGUGAUCACCGAUUUGUCCGUGACCACAGUGCAAAACCUCAUGAACAACCAAACAAAAGAUCUGAAGUUGUUUGAGGAGGACACUGUGGUUCAGUCCUGGCUGAACAGCAGGACACAGUCAGAUCUGGACAUGCUAGGCCUGAACCUAACCUCCAACAGAGCCGGCUUGACCACUGCAUCACCCACCUCCAACACUGGCACAAAUAUUGCUACAACACCAUCAGCAGCAACACCAUCAGCAGCAACACCAUCAGCAGCAACACCAGCUAGUACUGCGACAGCAACACAGGCAACCACCACAGGAGGGGGGGCGAAGCUUGCCAAACAUUCAACCUCCAUAUUCCUUGCUGCUGUGCUGACAACUGUGCUACAAUUACUACAACUAGCCUAAUUAUACUUGUGAUUUUAGCAACCUAAUCAAUAAUUAUUCUAUUUUUCUGUAAUACUCAAAUCCUGAGUGUGAUUCAUUGAUGUUAUUGAUAAUGUUAUUUAUUCACACCUAGAGAAAACUAUUUUUAUGGCAACUGCUUAAUUUCUGCUUCACCCUAUCUCGUUACGUAGAAGAACUAUGCUACAAAACAAUCACAGGAAUCAAAAUAAUAUAUUUUAAGUGGUGAUCUGAAUUUUACUUUACAUACUGGGUUUUUGAAAUUCAUAGCUAAUAAGGACAUUUAUGUUUAAUUGUUGUUAAAAGUGCAUUUAAAAUGAAUCCCUUCAAAUUCCCUGCACAUUCUUUGAUAAUUUAAACUGUAUUGCUAUUCCUCGAAUUAAUAAAUGCAUACUAAUAUAAA